UUUAAGGAUCGUAGUUUUAAUGUUAAGCGAAUUUUCGAAAUCUAAUGAAGGAAAAUGUUAUUUAUGUUUUUAUACAUUAAGUGAAACUAUCGCGGUAAAGGCAACGGAAAAAAUAAGAAAUGCACCUUGCAUCGAUGACAACAAGUUUUAUCGAAAUCCUAACACACCUGCUUACAACGUUUGGUCUCCCUCCGAAUGUGCGAAAUAUUAUUUGUGUUUAGACAACGAAGUGUUCGAAUUCAAAUGCUCUCAGGGAUUACUUUUUGAUGUGACGAGACAAAUAUGCGAUUACAAAGUGAACGUUGAUAAUUGCGAUGUAACAAUAGAGCCGCAAUCGCCAAAACCUUUGCUAGAAAAUGGCAAAUGCGAUGAGAAAAGUUUAGCUUGCGGUGAUGGGACGUGUAUUCCGGCUUUGUACUUUUGUGACGGAAGUAUCGAUUGUCCUGAUGGAUCUGACGAAAGUUGGUGCGAUAUGCGAAAUGAUCCAAGAGCUGCUCCUGCAUGUAAUGAAACCAAAUGUCAAUUACCAGAUUGUUGGUGCUCAAAAGAUGGUACACGCGUGCCAGGAAAUUUAUCAACUUCCGUUAUUCCACAAAUGAUUACAAUUACUUUCAGUGAUGCUAUCAAUGCUGAGAAUUUUGAUCUCUUUGCAAAGAUAUUUUCGAACGAUAAAAGGAAUCCAAAUGGUUGUUCCAUUCGUGGAACAUUUUAUGUUAGUCAUCAAUUUACUAAUUACAGAGAUGUACAAUAUUUGUGGAAUAAAGGUCAUGAAAUUGCAGUACAUUCCAUUACUCAUCGUGGACCAGAAGAAUGGUGGUCACGAAAUGCAACAGUCGAAGAUUGGUUUGAUGAAAUGGUUGGAGUAGCAAAUAUUAUUAACAAAUAUGCUGCUGUAAGGAUAGAGGAUAUUAAAGGAUUACGAGCACCUUUUUUACAAGUGGGAUGGAACCGUCAAUUUUUAAUGAUGUUGGAAUUCGGAUUCGUAUACGAUUCAUCCAUAAUUGUUCCAUUUUUAGAUACGCCAUUAUGGCCUUAUACUCUCGAUUACAAAAUAUCGCACGCGUGCGUACAAUCGGAUCAGUUUUGUCCCACGCGUGUUUAUCCUGGUAUAUGGGAACUUCCAUUAAACCAAUUUGUAGCAGGUGAAUACACUUGCGCAACCAUGAAUUCCUGUCCAUCUAAUUUAUCACUUAAUGAAGUUUACGAAAUGUUAAUGUUUAAUUUCAAGAGACAUUAUCAUAGCAAUCGUGCUCCUAUGGGUCUUCAUUUUCAUACGUCGUGGUUCCAAACUUCAACAUAUUAUCAUGCAUUUAAUAAAUUUUUGGAAGAUGUACUUCGACUACCCGAUGUGUAUUUCGUAACGAGUCACCAAGUUAUAAAAUGGAUGCGUUCCCCGACACCUCUAGAUCAACUUCAUAAAUUUGAGUCAUGGCAAUGCAAUGAGCGUCAAUUUGAAAAAUUUGAAAUUGCAUGCGAUGUACCUACGACUUGUUCCCUUCCUAGUAAAAUAUUGAAGUCUUACAGAGAUUUAUAUACAUGUUUUGAAUGUCCAAAAGAAUAUCCAUGGUUAAGAAAUGAAUUUGGACAAGAUUAAACGUAUUCGAGUAUACAGGAUAUUUGAGGUUUUUCCAGGCAAACGGUGUUAGCGUACGAAAAUAAAAAAAAAAAUGUUAUAUAAUCAUAGACCAUUGAAAAAGUUAAUUCAUAGGCUUCAUUCAAAAGUUAUGACAUCGAUUGUUAGAAAAAAUCUCAGACAUCCUGUAUAUAAUAAUACAUAUCGUAUCGUUUGACAUAUUUUGGAAAGUUUUCGUUUAAUAUAAU